GACGAUUAUCUAAUAGUUUAUAGUAUUUAAAACUUGCUUUGUAUUAUUACAUUUCAUAUGUUCUGUGUAUCAAGCGGUUGUCAAAUAAGCGGUGCUCACUUUGGGUAAUUUAGCAUUCGAUGAUCCCUCGAAAUCUUCGAAGUCAAGAAGCGCCUUCGCUCCUUCUGGUGACCAGUCCUCCGAACAUGAGACAAUGGAUUCGUUUAUGAGCAAACAGACUGAUGGCCAAGAAGCGACAAAGGGAUCGUUUUGGAAUCUGAGUUUCUACCAGCGGUUUUUCGACGUUGAUACGCAGGACGUUUGCACACGGAUUCUGUACAGCUUCGUGCCGCAGCUCAACUCGAAUUUCAUUACAUUUCAUCUUCGGCCAACACCGGAUUUGUAUGACAUAAAUCUGGGUUACUCCGCUGUUUCACCUCUGUCAGGGGGAAAAUGUUUUUCUUUCCAGCGCUUUUGA